UCUCUGGACUCCUUUCCUGAGUUUAGCUGUUGGGCAUCCUAUACUAAUAUUCCAGAAGGAAUGGUAGCAGACAGGCAGCAGGUUGGCUUUCAGGAAACAAAUCAAACCUACCAGAACCUCGUCCCUCUAUGCACUCCAGCACAAAGCAGUCCAUUUAGCCCAGGGAUGGACACCAGUAGCCAUUACCAACCUGGGAAAGGUCCAAAUCACAGAGGAGCAUCUGGUACCGUCAAUUUGGACCAUCUGGGUGAUACUGAGAGAACAUAUGUCUUGUAUGAGGCAGAGCAGCAGAGCAGGCCUUCAUAUUGGUCUGAUUAUCCCUCACCCAGUUACUGCACUUCCAUGCUUGGACAGCCAGCAUCCUCUUCAUCCCCUCCAGUUACUAAAUCCUCUGAGCAAUUCUGUCCCCGUGUGGCCAAACGGCGUAACGCUCCAUCUCAAAGAUCAGACAGAGAGGGGGAAAUGACACCCAUGUCUGCCUAUCCAGGAUCCGGACCCAUCCAGCUUUGGCAGUUUCUUCUAGAACUUCUGUUGGAUUCUGCUUGCCACACGUUUAUUAGCUGGACUGGAGAUGGCUGGGAGUUUAAAAUGUCCGAUCCUGCAGAGGUGGCAAAGCGGUGGGGCCAGUGUAAGAACAAGCCAAAGAUGAACUAUGAGAAGUUGAGUCGUGGCCUGCGCUACUACUACCACAAAAACAUAAUUCACAAGACAGCGGGGAAGCGUUACGUCUACCGCUUCGUUUGUGACGUGCAAGGAAUGCUUGGAAAAACAGCACACGAGGUCUUUGCCAGUCUAAACAUCUCACCGUCAAAUGGCGCAUCUCCACAGUCUGCAGUAAACACAGCCAGAUCAGAGGAAACCACAGAGUCCUGGGCACAUUAGAGAAGAAUGUUUUCAAAUGCCCGUGAUUAUCUAAAUGAACUGUAAAACAUCAGAAGUCAUGCCCUGAAAAUAGUAAGGACAGAGGAAAGACUGAAGUUCCAUUCAAAGAUAUGUACUUUAAACUGAUUUUGACUUCUGAACGAGUUGAUUUUGGAUCUGAAAUCAGCCAUCAAACGCAGUUAGGUGCCGUUAGAAAACAUUGUUAGCUACCUCUUUUGACAUUGAAACACUAAUCUUGUAAAUGUUUUUUUUUUUCUUAAGUAAACUGAUGUUUUGACAUCAGAUUGUGCAUUCUUGUAAAUAAAUUAAGGUAUAGGCCUACACCUUUUUACAAAA